AUACCAAAUCAAGUCGCCAGUGUCGACUUUUGAAUUUCGAGGAAAGCAGGCUGGCGUUUUGUAAACUUUUAUGCGUGCAUGACGGCGUUGCCCUCGACCACAGUCUGGUCGCAUGGGAAGUCCAUUUGGCGGCCUUCUCGGCCUUCUCAUCUUAGCCUGUCGGCUUCAUUCCAUAGAAUAAUGUCGCAAUAUGUGUUCGAUCGUCAUCAUCUUUUCAUUCAUUAAGUCAGGCUCUGUGAUUUAUGUGAGUGUGGCUCGGCCCAGACGGAGAACUAUUCCAUCACGUCCAUCCAUGUCGUUACAUACCAAGCAGUGCACAACAUUAUCUGUGAUGGGAUUUCACAACUUGCUCUUCAUAAACCAUCGCCUUAUCGUCCAUUUCAUGAGCCGCGGGGUGGACGAGGCGGUGAUGUCGUCGUUGACAAGCUCCUAUCACGAUCACAUUUGCUUCCAAUGUCGGAACAACGUCACAAGUCAGACAAUGUCCUCGGUAAGCGCCAGCCAGUGAUAAUCUGACUUCUUCCACAAUGUAUUGUUCCAUCGCAUUCAUUCAAGUCGGAAUUCUCGGUC